GCGCCGCACUAUAUUUCAGUUGUUUGAGACCUAUUUACUUCGCAGGUGCGGUGCAAGUUCAGGUGGUGAUUUUUGUGCCCUAAUUUUUGUAGUUAGUUGUGAAUGAUGUGCUGUCAGCGGUGAAUUGGAUAUGCAAAUGCUGUAAAAUAUCUUUAAUUUGUUUAUUCAUUUAUGUUUUGAACAUUUGAAAUACAUUUUUGUAACCGACAGUGACUAAUGAAUUUGCAUUUGAUGGGUAGACAAUGGAGAGUUCUUUCCAUGAAGACAUUUCAAAAGAUACAUCGAGGAUCGUUAAAGACCUGAGCUUGUUUGAGGCGCAUCUGCCAGAAAGUAGUAACAGUUACAGGCAUACAGUAGGAGCCAGGAACUGUAAUAUUAAUAAAAUGGACCCAUACUUGCAAAAAUUGAGUUACCUGCGUAUCAGUGAGGACCCGAAAGUCGAUUCGCAAGUCGUGAAUGAUAGAAGCAGCCAUCGUGUAAUUGUCUCUGAAUCGGGUUAUGGACGUAUAAUACCGAAGUCAAUUGACAGCCAGGGAAGAUCACUGUCAAGCAUAGCAGUAUCUGGUGUCGGAGGAAGUAGCACUUCUCCAGCUUAUGAAGUUACAACUAGUGGAUCAAAAUCACUACCAGCUAGUACAAUAACAUCUCCUGCACGGAAUGUACAAGACAGGAGUGCUACUUACCGUCAGCAAGACAAUGGCAAACAUCAUGCAGUUGGUGCCAUUGAAAGUUUUAUUGUGGAAGGAUCAGGAACAGUACCAGGGAAAAAUCAGCCAGUUGACUACAAGAUAUAUGAGAGAGGUAACAUCAUUGCUGCCUCCAAGUUUGCGACACCAAAACAAGUAGAAACUAUUGUUUCUCUAACUAACAAAUUGCCAGCUGAGGGCCAGUGUCCAGUGAACAGAGGUCAUCAAAAUGGAUUGGCACAAACUUCGACAGAUUCUGGUGGCAAAUACUACUGUUCAUAUACAAGUAAACAUGGUGCUGCAAGUCCUACUCAUAGCUUGAGUGGUUCAAGCAGGGAUUCACAACAUUCCAAUAGCCCGCGCAGUAGCUUAGUAGCUGGUGCACAGAACUACAACUCUCCACUGUAUGAGAAUAUUGACUACUGUGGAUGUAAUCAUAUACCCCAACCUCCGUACUAUCACCCACUGCCACAGCAUACAGGCAGUCCUCAUUCUAGCCUUGGUUCGCAGGAUUCGAAACAUUCCAGCCCUCGUGCAAGCUUGGCAGCAAUGAGUGAUGGUGUGCACUAUGAGUCUGGUUAUCGUAAGGCCCAACCCCAGGUUCCAGCAGGUACCAAGUUUAUUUCUUCUGCCCCCAAGGACUCCCCUCCAUAUGAGGCCCCUCCCGUAUAUGAGAACAUUCAAGAAUUGCAUCAGUUUGGUGGGAAGCCUAUGCAGAACUAUGAACCUGCAAAACCUGGACCCCAGGUAGCAGUAUAUGGUGAACACAGGCAAUCAGCAUUGUCAAACUACUGUCCUACAUCUGCCACCUCACAUUCAGGGGCUUCCAGUCCAGCAUCACCACAGACUCUUUCUCCUCGUGGAAAUAACCUCCCACCGCCCCCCUACCCAGGUAGUGGGCUCAGUCAGAACAUUCCAAAUAUUUCCCACAAUCAGCACUUUGAUGGGAACAUUCCAUCAAAUGUUCAAGGUCCUCCUUUUCCAAACAGUGGUGGUUCCAGCCAGAACAUUCUAAACAGUGUGGCAGACAGUGUUCCCACAGGUCAGCCAUCAGUGGUGGAACCAUUCCCAGUAACUCGUAUACACAGUGCCAUGCAUGCUGCUAUAAGCUCGUAUACAGUGACAGGAUCAGCCAGCAAGCCAACCUCACAAAAGCCUGUUGGCAACUGCUAUCAUGCAACACCAGUUGGUGGAGGAGACUAUGUUGUUAUGACUGGUGGUAACAACACACAAGUGCAACUUGCAACGAGCUAUCAGCGAGGUACUUCAUCUGGUGUUGCCAAUGCAGUGUAUGUGAGUGCAGAAACAGCUCGCGGCCCGUGUCCAAGUUCAAGUCCUGCUGUAGCAGCUAAUAACAGCACAAAAGUGAAGAAUGUGAGCGGCAAGACACUUCUUCCCUACAAUGUGACACCACCUCGACCUAUGGGACCAACAGAAGCUGAACGAAAAAUCGAGGAGUUGACUCGUCAGCUGGAAGAGGAGAUGGAGAAACAGGAAGAGGAAGGAGAAUACUUUGGUAUCUGCCACACGUGUGGGGAAAAGGUGACAGGAGCGGGGCAGGCUUGCCAAGCUAUGGGUAACCUGUACCACACAAACUGUUUCAUCUGCUGCUCGUGUGGGCGAGCGCUGCGUGGAAAGGCAUUCUACAAUGUCCAUGGACGUGUCUACUGUGAGGAAGAUUACCUGUAUUCAGGAUUCCAGCAGACUGCGGAGAAGUGUGCAAUCUGUGGCCAUCUUAUAAUGGAAAUGAUCCUACAAGCGAUGGGGAAGUCCUAUCACCCAGGUUGUUUCCGUUGCUGUGUGUGCAAUGAAUGUUUAGAUGGUGUUCCCUUCACAGUCGAUGUUGACAACAAAAUCUAUUGUGUUAAUGAUUAUCAUAGGAUGUUUGCUCCAAAGUGUGCAGCAUGUGGGAAGGGAAUCACUCCAGUAGAGGGAACUGAAGAGACUGUUCGUGUAGUUUCCAUGGAUAAGGAUUUCCAUGUUGAUUGCUACAUCUGUGAGGACUGUGGGAUGCAGCUGACAGACGAGCCAGACAAGCGCUGUUAUCCCUUGGAUGGACGUCUGUUAUGUCGUGCCUGUCACAUCCAGCGCCUCAGCCAUCAUCCACGUCAGCUGCAGGGUGUACCGGCCAGCUAUCAGUACCUGGGCUAAGGGGCAGCUAUAACCAGUUUGCCAUAAACCUGCUGGUAUUGGCUCAUCACCACUCAACUCUAGUUUCAUGAAGUCAUGCCACAGCACAGUUGCUGGGUUAUAACCAUGGAGACCUGGGUUUGCUGCCAGGGCAGGCUGUGUGGAAUUUGUAGUAGACAGAAAGACACUGGGACAUGUUUUUCUUAAAGACCUUUCAUUUCCCCCAUCAAUAUCAUUCCACUGUUUCUCCAUAUUCAUUGAUCUAUUAUCUAACAGAUGGGCAAUGGGUCCCUUACUGGCUGCAGUUACAGAUUUAGAUAUAAUCUCACCGUGCCAACUAUAAAAAAAAUAGUUUCACACUGGUUCAUAUAAACAUUGUGGUCAAAUGAUUGGUUCCCAUACUUCAUAUUUUGAAGAUCCCGGGUUUGAAUCUUUGGCUAGAGAUCAUCUAUGCUGAGGUUUUCUCAAUCUCUUUAGGCAAAUAUUUUAUUGCCUUAAAACAAUCCAUUACUUCUUCUUCCACAUCUUUACUAACUCAUCAUUCACAAUCACCCCACCAUGUGCUAUAUGACCUAUGUAGUUGAAGAGUUCUGUUAAAUAAACAAAACAAAAAAGACUUAAUGGGUCACAGAUAAGAAAACCUCUGCCUUAAGAGCUGUCUUUAGUACUUUCAUUGUCACGAUAUGAAAUAAAAGGAAAUGGAGAGAGCUUCCAAUGGCAUAUUGUCCAUAUGAAAAUUUCAUAAAAAUCCAUUGGCUCAAAAGAAGAUAAGCCUACAUUUCCUUCGAAUGUUAAGUAGGCUAAAAGUAUUAAACUUAUAUGAUUUGUAUUGUGUGGCAAGUGACAAUUUUAUUAUUUUGUUUGUCUUUAACUUUUGUGUUGCUGUAAUGCAUAGUCUCGCAACUUUGUUAAAUUUGAGAAUGCUGUAACCGCCAACCUGAUUCCAAAAUAAAAAAGGGAGCUUAAUGUGUGCUUUUGUAUGUAUCCAUUUAUAAGAAGGGGAAGAGGGCAUUGUAACCAGCUGAACCAUGAAAUGAUGUCAACUAUUUAUUGCAUUAUAAUGUAAUGUGGUUUAAUCCUGCUAGGGAUUUAUGGAGACAACCUUAGAUUUGUAUAAGUGACUCUGGCACAUCUUUGUUAUGAGCCUCUUAUCACCCAGUUGGCAGUUGGUUAGGAUUAAAAAAUUUCCCUUGUCACUCUGAAGAGAUUCUUCCCUCUGUGUUUAAAGCCAUUUAAUGCACUCAUGAGCAAGUAGUACUUAUUGUGUAUAUGAGAAUUAAAUUGUGAAUCUGUGAGGUUGUGCUAUUGUUAGGGAUGUCACAUACCCAGAAACUAGUGUGGAGUCAGAGCAUAAGGUACAAGUUUUAUAUGAAUCUGUAGUCAAUGUGAGACUCAAUAAAUGCAGACGUUGUGUUAAAAUUGCAUGUGAUCUGACAUGAAUAGUUUACAAAUAACUUGACCAUGAAAGGCUUACAAAAAGAUGCCUUUCACAAGUUAUUCAUUGUCCCUUUAAAACAAGUGACAUUGUUCUCCUUUUUCAUCCUUUGGGUUGUUUCCUGGCUAUCGUAAGUUAGCAUUCUCCAUCAAUUUUGCAACAUUUGUUUUAUUAAUUCUUACUUGGUGUGGAAACUUUAAUAUUGACUUCUUUGUUGGCAUGAAUAUGAGUGCUACAGAGUACCAUAUCCCAUCUCUCUAGAUACACAGUUUCCAGAACUUCCAAUUGAUGCUGUUUAGGUACAUAAUAAAUUACGGUUUUGGUUGUGAAGACGGCUUAAAGAAAGUGCUCACUGCUGACUCAUUCAUUAUGUAGCCUGUAGUGAAAUAUUCAUAUCAAGGAUGUGGUAUCAUUGUUUCUGCAUCUGUUAUAAGGAAAGUUGUUUGUUUUCAUGUGCUGAUGAAUUAUAUUUUUUUGAAGUAUCCAUUCAUUGUAUAAUAGAGUUCAGAAUAUGUGUAGGAUUGAAGUGUUAAAUUAUGUGACUGUAUUUAAACAGAUUAUCUUUGGGUUUAGGAGAGGAAUAAGGGUUAGUAAUUUGAAAACAAAAUAAAAUACCCUGUUAAACAUG